CAGUGUGGUGGAAGGACGUGCCUCGCCCCACCUCCCGGGCGCUUCACUCACUCGGGACUAAUUCAUUUACACAUAUUCAUAUAAAGAAAAAAGAGAGACACUGUUACUUAUAAAAACAAGUUUUCUGGGAGUGAAUAAUAAUGAAACAAAUCUGUAGAUGACUUUACCAGGUUCAAUAGUUGAUAUAAAAGAAGAGAAACGUUUAUAUGGAUAAUGAAGUGAGGUACUAAGAAGUGUUCAUAAAUGUAUGGGAGAACGAGAAAACGAUCGUCAGUGCUGGCAGAAAGGCUGGCGAAAGCACGUGAAAAGCCAGAAGCACAACACUAUACCAACAAGGACUAAAUUUCCUCCUAUGACAACUGGUACUGUCGACCUUAAGUGACAAAGGCAGUGACAUAGUGAAGGCAGUGAUAAAAUGCUCAAGAUAAUGCAGUGAAAUACAACGAAAUACUAAAUCAUUAUUCUUUAACGAUACAGAAAAAUACAAAGUAAAUACAUCGAGGGAAAUUUUUACAGUGAAAUUACUCAAUGACGAUACAGUGAAACAGUUUUUAUAAUAGAAUACAGUGAACAGUGACACACCCGAGCGAGGUUGAACAGUGAUAUGAGGUUUAUACAGUGAACAGUGAACACCAUACUUGAUACUGUACAGUGAAUAAUGCAUUUAUAAAGCUUCUACAGUGACGCAGUUAUUAGGGAAGUAACAGUGAUAAAUGAUGAGGGUGAGAAAGCAGUGAAUAAACAGGAGAGAGGAAGAGAGGAAGAGAGGAAGAAAGGAGGAGAAGGCGUUCAUCAUGGCUCCUGGGGUGUUCGUGUGUGAAGUGGUGUACUAUGGGCGGCGGUCAGUACAGGGCGCCCAAUCUUCCGCCACCCUCACCGCCCUCGUCGAUCAUUUUAUCCACCCACAUAACACGCCCACCCACCCAUCCACCGCCGCCCACACCCACAGCUAUCCCAAGCGUGGCAGUGAGCGGUGUCAGCUAAUGUGUGACGAGAACAUCCGCGUGACGCGCCAUCAGGGACGAAAGGUGAUCAGUGACCACGUGCUGAGGUUGGAUCAGCUGAUCAGUGAUGAUGGUGGAGGCGCCGCCAUCUUCCCCUCGGACGAGACCUCCUCUUCGGCGACCAGCAGCGGCGCCGAGAGCGAGGACGACUCUCCGAGGACGGCCUCUACCACCAUAACGACUCACCCGGCCCAGGAGGUCCGGGUGAACGGUACUGCGGGAGACUUGUUCCUGAUGAGUGACAUACUGUACUGUCACGUGGCGGCGGCUACACCCCGGGUGGUGGUGGUGGUGGUGAAGGACGCGGGCGCUAGUCAGGUCCACGCCCACGUCUUCCAGUGCCCCAACGACGACAUCGCCCGCACCCUCUACGCCCACUACAAGGAAGCCAGCAACAAAUACAAACUCAACAGGUACCGCAACAGUAAGAGGAAGACUGACACGACACAGACUGAGGCAGCCAGCAGCAGCGGGGCCAACAAGGUAGUGACCAGCAGCAACAAACCUCCGUCUGGCAGCAGCAGGGUCUACAGCAGCAGUAGUCUGAGCCGCAUGAGUGAGGGCGGCGCCCGUGGGUCGGCGCGUUCACUGAAUGCUCGGGCGAGGGCGGCCGAAUACAAGCAGGGCGGCGGCGACGGCUGUAAUGUUAAUGUCAUCCAGAUACGUGAGCCCGGGCAACAGGAGGGUGAGGCCCAGCGGCCGUGGGGCCUCGUGCAGCACACUGAUGCCAACGGCGUCACCCACAUCGAGAUAGACAGCGGCCCCUGCAGCCUGGUGAGCAGCUCAUCCGAUACAUCUGAGUUCAGCAGCAUCAUUAGCCUAGGUCAGACCUCCCCCAGCCAGGUGCCGCCACCCAUGGACCCCCUCAGCCCACGCCCCCACAGUAGUAGUGACAACGUGGGUGGCAUCUUGUACGGUAACAGCCUCGGCGGUGGUGGUGGCGGUGGUGGCAGUGGUGGUGGUGGUGGUGGUGGUGGUGGUGGUGGUAGCCUGAGGGGAAACAGCAAUGACAGCGUGGGAGGAAUCAUGUAUGGCAAUAGCCUGGGCGGCGGUAGCUUGAGGGGCAACAGCAACUGUCCCAACAGCUUCAUCAACCCGGAGCGGGAGGUCCUGGUGGCAGGUGAGGUGGACAAGAAGUUCAGACAGCGACAGCCAGCACUACUGCUGCGAAGAGAGGAACUGACCCGCCAGGAGGCCUCACAUAAGGCGGAGGAGAGGCGCUGUGAGGACACCUUGAGGAGGAGCGACACCAAGAGGGAAGAUCAUCGUCGAGAUAAGAAGAAGCGCGAAGACUGUCGACGUGAUGAUGGGGGCGGCCGUAGCCGACGGGACUGGCACGAGGGUGAGCGAGGUGGAGUGCAGGAGUUGUCGAGGCCGCCCAUGGAGGCCAUGAUUCCUCGUCUGCCUCCCGAGCGCCAGGCGAGGCCCCGUGAUCAGUCUCGUGGCCGCCUUCGCCACGCCCAUAAUAAGGGCCCCGCGCCCCCGCCGCCCCCACGCCGACAUCCAGAGAACCCCGCCCUCCUGCUGGUCCCCACCAAGAACGGUGCAGAGAACGCCCGCGCGUUUUAUCCCAAAGAAUCUCACAUUGUCCGAGGUAACAAGAUCGUGCGGGUAGACUUACCAGGUUACCGGGGUGGCUGGGUGGCCCAUGACGUCAACAACAAUCCUCCCCAGUAUGCGUAUUACGGGGCCGCGGGCGCCUGGGUGGGUGCACAUGAAUACCACGCCGUCAGGAGCAGGGAAACCAGCACCAUCACCCCGGAGAUGAGGAGACGCUCACGCUCCAAGAGCCCAGCUCGUCGACCUAUGGCUCACCGCUACAUCGACGCAGUGUCCACCUUCAGUCUGUCGCAAAAGUUGCGGGACUUCUCUGACGCCGUGUUCACGACCAAGCGUAACACUGCAGGUGGUCAGCCAGGUGUAUCAGGCAGUGCUGGCGGAGAGGUCAGAGGUCACCAGAGGUCACUAUCUAGUGUUUCAGCUCCGGGAGGUGAUAACGAGGGCACGCUGAGGCCAGUCAUUAAGAAAGGUCGUCGACCACCAGAAGGUUCACCUCCAUCCCGCCGUGUUACCUUCAGCGCCGCCACCGUGCAGGUCAUGGAGGGACCCCCCAUCUCCCUUAACUAUGCCAGUAUAAUGUUGUGA